ACUUCAUUCCGUCCAACCUCCUGCGUUGAUUAUCUGCGCCGUGGGAUCUCCGAAAGUGGCAGAUACAAACUUUACGACCAGAGUGGAAAGAGUUACGCAGCUUACUGUGACAUGAAGUCCGAGUUAGACACUGCAUGGACUAUGGUGAUGUCAUGGACCCUCGUAAAUCGAAGGCUCUCAGAAAAUCCCGUUUAAGUACAACUCCCCACAAAACGAAGACAACCUAAACUGGGAUCUUUACCGCUUAAGUACAGAGUCUGGCGCGAGUGAGAUUCUUGCAGGGCCAGUCGACUCACUGGCGAGCUACAUGCAGCUACCCGAUCAAUGGCAUCGAUUUUAGAGACUACCUUCGGGGAAACUUCAAGGAUUUUAACAUCAUUGAUUAUGUUGGUAGUGGCACAUGUAAGAAAGUGGAAUACAUCAAUAUCCGGGGACACGUAGCCACGGAUCUGACGGUACCUUUCUGGCAGAAGCUCAAUGCAUACACCCUGCAUACUGAUAGCACAUAUACUCACUGUCAAUUUAAGGUGGCGAAGUCGGGAACAGUUAGAGAGGAAGACAACUUUGGCUGGUACGCUUCCGGCAUGAGUACAAAGUUCCGCAGCACACAGGGCACCCAAUCUACCACCCAGUGGGGGUUUGGAGGACAUAUCUAA